GGUAAAGAGGAGGAGAGGACGGAGGAGAGCAAGCGGGAUCAGGGAGCGGGAGGUCGAUGGGCAGCAGCGGAGGUGGGGCGGCGCAGCGGGCGGAAGACGAAGGUGGCACGGACGAGGGCAGCGAACGGUGAAGAGGAUCAAGGAUCCGAUCGAGAGGUCCAGACCGAAGGGGACGGGAUCCCACGGAGGAGGAAGACAUCGAGAAGGACAUCGAGUGGAGGGCAAGCGAUCAGCGAUAGGGUGGUCGAAGUCGAGUGGUCGACAUGCAUCGUGUCGGCAGUACCGGUAAUACCGCCGGUGCUCGGCGGAAGGAAAGGAGGUUGACCUAUGUUCUGCGCAACUCACGUGACUCGAAGCACUGUUCUGGUGUGAACGCAUUGUUGUUAGCUAAUGAAUAUGGGAGGCCUGCGGAAGGCGGUGAGAUAUCAGAGCUGGAUGUGGAUGCAGAGGUGCUUUUCAGUGCGGGAAGGGACGGGACCGUAAAGAGGUGGACGGUCAAUGGUGCUGCUGCCGCCGAGUGUAGCAUGACAUUUGAGUCUCAUGUGGAUUGGGUGAACGACAUUGUGCUGAUUGGUUCGGACACUCUUGUCUCAUGUUCUUCAGACAUGACUAUUAAGACAUGGCGUGCAUUUUCGUCAGAGGGUUCGAAAGGAGAGUGCACACGCACACUGCGACAACACUCGGACUAUGUGAAGGCUCUUGCUGCAGCUCGUCAGACAAACCUUGUUGCGUCAGGUGGAUUGAGGUGUGAGGUCUUUGUUUGGGACUUGGAAGGCUCAACUGUGCCCGUUGCAAGGGCACCGAUGAACGAUGGUGCCUCUCCAAUGCACGACAGCGGCGCGUAUGCAGGAGCAGGAGGUAUGGGGGUGUUGGGUAUGCCGGCGGGAAACUCUGUGCACUCUUCAUCAGCCCAAGAUAGGAGUGGCUGCAUGGGAGCAGGGUAUAGUGCGAUCACACGGACUCCUGUUGCCUUCAAGGGGCACAAGGAAUCGGUGUAUGCGUUAGCAAUGAAUGAUGAUGGAACGGUACUCGCUUCCGGUGGCACUGAGAAGGCCAUUCGGAUAUGGGACCCACGGACCGGUGCAAAGCAGAUGAAACUUAAAGGGCAUUCCGACAAUAUCCGAUGCUUGCUCUUGGAUCCCGCAGGCAGGUUUUGCUUAUCUGGUUCUUCGGAUCACAUUAUUAGGUUAUGGGAUCUCGGGCAGCAGAGGUGUGUUCACGCUUAUGCAACACACAUGGAUUCUGUUUGGACGCUAGCGAGCACACCUUCGUUUAAUGCCGUGUACAGUGGUGGUCGAGACAAAUGUGUGAUGAAUUAUGUGGUUGAUAGGCUGUGUCUGGCGGUGCCUGACGAGGGCGGUGCUGAGCAGCCUGCAGGAACAGCCGCCAGUUCUGCUGCAGCCGGUUCUGGGAAUGGUCCGUGCAGCAAUGGAGGAAGUGUUGCGGCUGGCACAACUGGUGCUUCAGAACAGGGAAAUGCUGGAGACGGUGGAAAUGCACAAGCAAGCACAGCUUCCGCAGGCGCUGCACCAGGGACCAAGCCAAGGCCAAGAGGGCCAUUAGUGGAGAUAAUGUGCAAUGAUCAGGACAUGGCAGGAGAGGUGUGUUUGUGGGAAAUCACAAAUGGCAGAAUCAAACAGCGAUUCGGGAAUGUAUCGCUCGAAGAGAAGGAGAAAGAGCUUUUUGAAAAGGUCAGCGUUCCCUCUUGGUUCACAAUGGACACAAGGCUGGGGAGUAUCUCUGUGCACCUCGACGUCCCUCAGUGUUUUGCAGCGGAGAUGUAUGCCAUUGAUCUUUGUGUACCUAGCGCAACGGAAGAGAUGAAGCUGAAUCUUGGGGAACACACCCUGCGUGGGUUGUUCUGCCACUGGCUGGCAAGGAGGCAGCAGCGGCUAAUCGCAGAAGAGCAGCAACAUGUAAAGGAGAGACUGCAGAUGUCAAAUGGAACAGCAGCAUCCCGCGAAGGGUCGGAGGAAGGAUCAGUAGAUGGAAAGCCAUCCGGCAGGGAGGCACAAGCUGUUCCCUCAACCAUGCAUGGGGGAGGUGGAGGGGGUGGAGUAGGAGGUGGGGGAGGGACCGGCACUGCGGCAUCUAGCGGUGCAGCUGCAGGGUCGACAACAGAUCAGGCAGAUGGUCCUUUAUCCGGAGUCUUGCCAGCAUUUGACUUUCCUGCAGAGUGCCCACCGUCGAUCAUCACAGAGGGUUCAGCUGAAGUACCAUGGAGAAAGGCAAUCAACGAACUGGACGGCACAGAGGAUGAGAGGGACAUUCCUCACUGGUGUUUAGAAUGCUUGCUCCACAAGAGGUUCCAUCGCGAGCCAUCCAACGCCAAGUGUAGCUUCUAUUUGCAUCCGUGUGACGGUUCUCAAUUACCGUGCUUAAGUCAAAGCAAAUUGAGUGCACCAAAGAUCCUGAGGAUUCAGAAGGCGGAGCUGACUUCACUCACUGAGAGCAUGCAGAACCCACACUACAAUUUUGAACGGAACUGCGCGGUAUGGGGCCUGGGGGGUACGGGGAGAGGGGGUUGCAGCUGGGUAUCUGGGGAGGGGAGUUGGCAACAAUGGUGGCAAGCGGACGACGAAGUGGGGGAAGGAGGGUCACGAUCGGGAGAGGAAAUGGUGGCAAUGGUUGGGAGGAAGGUCACUAUGGGAGGGGAGGAGCUAGUAAGGUCGCGAUGCCGAGCAGAUGACAUUUUGGCGGCAGUGGAUCUGGGCAGACGUUCUGGUCAGAUUGGCGGCCCCAGUGGGAAAAACAAAUGGGGUGGGUACUAGGUCCUGCCGGCCGAUAUGAGCUUGGCGACAGUGCGUGCAUAUGUUUGGAAGAAACCCGAUGAUCUUUGUCUAUUCUACAGAAUGGCCCAGAGGUGAAAGGAAAGGAGAGGAUGUGGUGGAAAAUCUCUGUAAUUGAAUUGUGUUCUAGUCUUCUAGAUUGUAUCUGGGAAAAUAGUAUAUUUCAUAAGAUGAGUAAAAGCAGAGCAUCUUGUUCUUGACAUGACCUGAAUGUGCCCCUGAUUGCAGUCAUAAACUUCUCCAUCCUGUUGGUCGUUUCCGUCCAUUGGGUCAGCGGAUUUGUCUUUCCUUGGGUCGAAUCGCCAUUGUCCACCAUCUCCAGGUCUCCUUUUCCGUCUGUGGGAGUUUGUCCCUGUCACUGCUAGUUACUUCAUUCCUUUGAUGUUUGACAUCCUUGCCCCUCUUCUUUGCUACCAAGCGUCGCCAGAUGUGCUGUGAUCCUUCUUUUGAGUGGGUUUGGUGUCAUCUCUAACUUUGCUCAUUUGGUGUGUAUCACUGGGAAUAUGCCGUGGUGAUUCUGCGGUGUCGCGGCGAGUCUGCUGCGAUUAACAGCCGGGUCACACUGCUGCCGCUCUUUGCGAAGCUAGGAAAACUAGGUGGUUGCUGUCGGACGGACAUGAAUGCUGCUCAACAUAGCAUCCGUGUUCGUGCACAACCAUCCACGUUCGCCCAACUUAGCAAGCAGCAGCAGUGCGCCAUGGUAGUCACACUCUCAAAUCAUUUCAGAUUGGAGUGCAGGUUUUUUACUAUUGCUCUUUGCGCCUCGUCUAACACUAUCUUGUCAGGUGUGUGUGCGAGUCAGGAAUUGAUGUCUUCGCAUCUCGUCAGUUCUCACUACACUGCAGGUUUCACGGCUUGCUCUCUCUCUCUGUGUCCUGUAUCAUCUCAUCUCAUCAGUCGAGAGUGAAUCCCAUCUGUGUUCACAAGAGAAAUCCAUGUGACGACUCCCAUCAGAUUAGACAAUUGCUUGGCAGUGUUUCUUCACUGAUUUCCUGCCUGCCCUGCCCUGCCCUGCCCUGCCCUUCUUUCAUUCACUGUCCCUGUCCUCUUCCUUUCUCAUGUCAAUCAAUUUGCAAAUCCAUU